GAAAAAAGCACAACAGGCCCCGUCUGCUUAUUUGCCUUUCUCUCAAUUGUACACUGGGUCCUUCUACAACCUGCCCUCUCUGGCACUCAGCCAAUAGGAUUGCAUCUAGGGGAGGGUCUCCCAGUGCUUGUUGUUGAUGCUCAACACCCGCUUUUGUCAGUGUGCUCAGAGCUGCAGAGACAUGGCAGCGUCUUUGGCAGUGUGUAACUUACUGCGUGGCUCUUUGAGGAGGGGGGCUGCUGCCGCCGCCUAUAGUACAGGGAGAGAUGGCUCCCCUUGUCCUGCGCCUGUUCCCUCCGCGGGAUCAGCCACCUCUCAGCUACCCCCUGUCACACCCUCUUCCACUUCCCCCGGGAACCCCACAUCCCCCCAUCUGCAUUCUUCUGGUGCCCUGGCUCCUGGCCGCCGAUUUUCAUCUUCUUCGACUGUCCCAAAGAUUGAUAACAAGAGCUUCCUAUGGUCCCGGUAUGGGGAGAUGAAGAAACUUGUGAAAGACCUCUUGCCUCCUGGGGUGUGUAACCUCCUAAACUCAUCCACUAUCUACGCCAACAAUGAAGUCUGCCUAGGAGACAUAGAAGUCUAUGGGUUUGACUAUGACUACACCCUGGCACUGUAUUCCAGCACUCUACAUUCCAUGAUAUUUAACACUGCCAGAGACAUUUUGGUUGAACAGUACAAGUAUCCAGAUGCAAUCCGCAAGUAUGAAUACCUGCCUAACUUUGCAGUGAGAGGCCUGCAUUACGAUAUUAACAAGGGUGUGCUAAUGAAGAUUGAUGCUUAUCACUACAUAGAGCUAGGCACAGCGUACAGGGGCCUGAAGCCGGUCCCAGAUGAGGAGGUAAUGAAGCUCUACCAGGGAACAAACCACGUACCGCUUCAUCAAGUCAGUGGGUUCUACGGCAAGGGUCCUGCAGUCAAACAGUUCAUGGACAUCUUCUCGUUGCCUGAAAUUACACUGCUGGCUGUUGCCAAUGAUUUUUUUCUCACAAAUGAUAUUGAUUAUGAUCCCAUCCAUCUGUACAAGGAUGUCACAGAUGCAAUCCGAGAUGUCCAUAUAAAAGGCUUCAUGUACAAAUGGAUCAUGCAGGAUCUCGAAAAGUACAUCUUAAGGGGAGACGAGACAUAUGCAGUCUUGCACCGCCUGGCCAGUCAAGGCAAAAAGCUUUUCCUCAUCACCAACAGCCCCUUUAGCUUUGUGGACAAGGGAAUGAAAUACAUGGUCGGCAAGGACUGGAGGGAUUUUUUCGAUGUUGUCAUUGUCCAGGCAGAUAAACCCCACUUCUUCAAUGAUUGUAUCAAACCUUUCCGUCGGCUGGAUAAGAAUGGAGACUUGAGGUGGGAUAAGAUUACAAGUUUGGAGAAGGGACAGGUGUAUAAACAGGGUAACUUGUUUGACUUCAUUCACUUAACAGGCUGGCGUGGUUCUAAGGUGCUUUAUUUUGGAGACCAUCUGUAUAGUGACCUUGCGGACCUUAUGCUGCGUCACGGUUGGAGGACAGGGGCUAUAGUGCCGGAACUAGAGACUGAAACCAAGAUAGUUAACACAGAACAGUAUUCCCAGUCGCUGACUUGGCUGCAAGCACUGACUGGCCUCUUGGAGCGUAUGCAGAAUUUCAAGGACCCAGAGUCUCAGCUGGUACAGCAGGAUUGGAUGAAGGAGAGACACGAGCUAAGGGCUGUAACCAAGAAUCUCUUCAACCCGCAGUUUGGUAGUAUCUUCCGGACCUGCCAUAACCCCACCUACUUCUCCCGUCGUCUCUGCCGCUUUUCAGAUCUUUACAUGGCCUCUAUCAGCUGCCUCUUAAACUAUGACCUAAGCUACACUUUCUUCCCCCGCCGCACCCCUCUGCAGCAUGAAGCGCCACUGUGGAUGGAUCAGCUCUGCACAGGCUGCAUGAAAACUCCAUUCUUGGAAGAGAUGGCCCACAUCCGUUAAUGGGCACUGGAGAAUGCAGUGAGACUUUGGGUGCUGGACUCUGCGAAGAUGGAAGAGAGUAUGAAUGCACCCUGGAGCCAUUUCAUUGAAAAUGCCACUUCUGUGACAUGAAACUGCCAAUGAACUAAAAAAUGCACAAGUGUGAGGAUUUGCUCUGUGCUUGUGUAGAAAAGACAAACUGCACAACAGGGUGUAUUAAUGUCAGAUUUUAUUUCAAGGUCCAUGUCUCCCUGCGGUUGAAAGCUCUUUGCUUAUUUUUACUAAUUCAAAAUUCUAUUGUUCUCUUCUGUAUAGAGAGAGAUUAUUGUGCCCUUGUGUAGCUGUAAUCGCUUCAGUAUUCAAUUGGCUUGCCCAACACAUCAGUGGCGUAACUAGACAUUAAUGGGCCCCAUAGCAAAAUAUUUUUCAGGCCUCCAAAAUGUCUAGAGGUUGACUUGUUUUAUUGAAAUGGCUAUAUGAAUUCCCUCAUGAAGCCCCUAUCCCUCCUGGGCUCCCCUGCAGCCGCAGGGUCCUGCCUUACAUUGUAGUGACCUACAAUAUGUUGCUGUCUGCCUUUGCCUAGUUCACGCAGCUUGUUGUAAAGGCCAUACUAUUUGGGACACUUGCUUUAGACUUCCACCAUCUCUGCUAGCGUUCCAGUCUCUGUACUUGGUAAGCUGAUGGACAACAUCCCAAUUUAGCCAUGUGAAAUAUAUAAGAAUGUGCUAUCUGCCUCCUUCACUACCAACACCUGCUUUCUUCUUCAUAGCUAUCCAUAAAUCAUUCUUGCAACUGACGCAUUUACAUAGCUUCAGAAGGCUCUACUAGAAAGAACAAUAAAGGAAUUUAGUUCUGGAAUCCAUUUGUAUUCAGAAUGAAGAUCCAUUCAAGCUUCUCUGCUGAGCUUUUUUGAUUUUGUGAUUUUUCUUUUGUUCAUUUUUAGACGUUUCUUACCAGUAAUUGCAUUCCAUCGGAUGGGCACACCGAGACCAUUGCAGGAUUGAGUGAUACUACACAUGGACCUUAAUUGUUACUAAAGGGAUGAAAGGAUACGUAGCAGACUAAUGAGCAAUUUUCAGGUGAAGCUGAUAUACGCACAAUUUUUUUUAGCUUUUAAAGAAGUUUUGUUCUCGGCUGUAGCAGUGAAAUCAAGGCAACCUGCAGCUUCAGAUCUAUAUUGAGGGACACUGAAUGUGAUCAUGGUUAGCAGGCUGGUGUUAGUUUUAUUUUCUCCAUGAGGGCACUGUGAGAGAGAUUGACGCUUUCUGAUAUCCUGAACUGUAAUUGCCUCUUUGUUUGAGGGAAUGGAAAGGAAAGCACUUUGCCCUGUGACUAGCAACAGGGUAAAGAGUUUCAAGUCCUCAUAUGGACAUAUCGGCAAACAGAUCAUGUGGUGUGAGAACUUCAGCGGGUGGGGUACUAAUGAAUUGUUCUUAUAUUCCUGCAAUAUUAUGCUGAUUUUUUAUGUAAUGUGAACUGUGUAUUGCAACAAGUCUAAAGUUUGAGUUGUUUUACUAGGAAAGGUUUAAUGUCUAAAAACAGGAUAAUGGGUAUGCGUCUGAUAUACUUGCAUUGUAUAGCUAUGGGCAAGACUCAUUCCCAUUAUUCAUCUGCCACAAACUUUUUUUUUUUAUUCUUUUUUUUUACUGUUGAACAGAAAGCUUGAAAUAAAUGUAUAAAAUCUU